GUGUGCUAUAAGCCCAUUAACUUGUUGAUAUAGUAAAUGUACAUCUAGCUAUUUAGUAUACCUGUAUGCUAAAGAUGGCUACAUACAAUCCUCAAGCUACUUGUGAGAGUUCACCAGAGCACAAGACAAUUAGACAGUGCUAUGAUAAGUUAGUACAACUUCUUCAACAAUCUGUUGCUAGCAUAGGAGAUACUUUAUACUCACAAGAGUUGAUUUCUAAAUAUCUGAAAAAUCAGAUACAUCAAAGCAGUUCAACGCCAGACGAAAAAACUAGGAAAGUUCUGGACGCUUUGGAGACCUCAAUUGAAAACAACCCUCGAGUCUAUCACAAAUUUGUCGCUGUCUUAAAGGAACAAGGAUCAUGGACUAAAUCAAUUGUUGAGAUACUAAACAAUUGCUUUGAAUCGCACAGCACGAUAACAACGACAAGACCUAGUGAGAGGAACACAAGUACUAAAGUGAAGAUGAGAAUUGGGCAAGAGAUUGAAGUAUCACAUGAGUGUGUACUGGAACUAUUGGAAGCUUUUGAGAAAACUACAAUCACCAUACAAUACAUGGAUCAGAUAUAAUAGUGAUAGCAUGCAUAGCAUACACCCACCUACAAUUAUUACUUUAUAGAACCAGUCCACAAGAACAAAAGUGGUAGAACCUCAACAACCCAUCAGACACAACAACCCACCAGAGUCAAAACAACCCACCGUAACACGAAAAACACAAGUAACAUCCAGAAAAGAUCACCAAAAAGGAGUGAGCUAUAUAGGCGCCAUUUUUAGAUCUUUUGUAACACCAUCUGGGAUAAACGCUCGUGUUCUCCAGGCAUUCAAGGGAAAAGAUCCUCACCAUCCCUUCAAGAUGCUGCUCAUCGGUGAAACAGGAUCUGGCAAGACUUUGUUCCUCAACCUUCUCUACAACUGUGCCACUGUUCAGGCUCUUGGCUCUGGGUUCGGAGCUCUUGAGCGAUUCAAACAAUUCAAUGACAUCGAGCUUGAGAAUGCACAAGCACUUUCUAUGGAGAGCAAGACUGACGAUGCUACACUCUACAAUGUGGCAGUAGGUGACUUGAAUAUUGGAGUGAUCGAUACUCCUGGAUUUGGUGACUCUCGUGGCUUCAAACAAGACAAAACGAAUGUACAACGAAUCAUUAGUACCCUCAAGAGAGAAGAUUACAUCAACUGUGUCUGCCUGGUCAUCCAUGGCCGGCAACCUCGAGCAAGUGCUUCAUUGAAGUAUGUCCUUUCUGAGAUCACUGCCAUCCUGCCGAGAGAUAUCCUUGACAAUGUAAUUGUUGUAUUCAGUAACACAGCCUACUCUCUGGACCUCAACUUUGAUCCAGGUGUGCUGAAAGGGUAUUUUGGAGAAGAAGUUGCAAUGGUUAAAAUGUUUUUUGUUGAAAAUCCAUACUGUCGGCUUGAGAAAGCUAAAGCAAAAUUGGGUCAACUAGGCAUUGAUAGAGUGGCUAAGAGCUUGAAAAACGCUUUCGAACAAACCUCCGAAGUCCUUACUGAGAUGUGUGAGACCAUCAAAGAUUUCCCUCAAGCUCACACACAUUUAUCGAAUGUCAGUUCGCUGACGCUAUGA